CGGUUGGUAGAAACGGUUGUCAGUUUAUAAGACGGUUCUGUCAAAGUAGGCAGCUGUUUACGUUUUGUAUGAUUAUUUUGCGAUCGUUUUGCAUAACUUUUGUUAUAUCUUAUUGUUUUUAAGUAAUUAUUUUUGUUGUGAACAUUAUAUAGUGACAUUUAUUUGUGAUAUAUUUAUUAAAUCGAACCAUGUCAGAUGUCAAGAGGUGAAUAAGCUGUGUUUUGUGUUGAACGUGUGUGUGACAGUUUUUAUAUUGUUUGGGAUUCGGUGCGAUAAACAUAAACGGCACUUCAAAGCAAUUUCAAGACGGAUUUCUGUAUCAGUUUGAUAUAUGACGCUGAAACAAGGAGGAGUCGUACAGCUGUGGUGCUAAUGUUCUUAUAGUCCAUCCAAGUGUCUGUCAUGGUGCUGUCAUGGCGUGCGCUGGCGCUGCUAGCCGCGCUUCAAAUGUGCUCAUGCUUACCGAAAGCACUAUAUCACAAUCACUUCGCUAUCCAUGUACCAGCUGGCGAAAAACACGCGGAUGACAUCGCGACAAGACAUGGUUUCAUCAACCAUGGCCAGAUUGGAGCCCUCAAGGGAUACUACUUGCUGUCACAUCACGGAGUUCACAAACGGUCUACAGAACCAAGUCACGAGCAUCAUCACAAGUUAAAUAAUGAACCCGAGGUUAAAUGGUUCGAGCAACAACGCGAGAGGCGUAGAAUGAAACGUGAUUACAGCCCUUAUGAGAGCACAUUAUGGUCGCAGUUGUCUCGAAGGCUGCCCUCCCAUAGAACCCGUCACCGCGCCAUUACACCCUCGCCUUUCUUCUCCGAUCCGUUGUUUAAAGAGCAAUGGUAUUUGAAUGGCGGUGCGAAAGAUGGACUUGACAUGAAUGUAAUGCCGGCGUGGCAAAGAGGUUACACUGGAAAGGGUGUAGUUGUGUCAAUCCUUGAUGACGGUAUACAAACCAACCAUCCCGACCUCGCGCAGAACUAUGAUCCUCUCGCUUCCACUGACAUAAAUGGGAACGACGAUGAUCCAAUGCCUCAAGACAACGGCGAUAACAAACAUGGAACCCGUUGUGCCGGGGAGGUUGCCGCUGUAGCAUAUAAUCAGUACUGUGGUGUCGGUAUAGCAUACAAUGCUAGUAUAGGAGGAGUCCGUAUGUUGGACGGUGUAGUGAAUGACGCGGUGGAAGCCAGAGCUCUUGGUCUUAACCCCGAUCACAUUGACAUAUACAGUGCCUCGUGGGGUCCUGAAGAUGAUGGGAAGACGGUAGACGGGCCGGGUCCGCUUGCUAGAAGAGCUUUUAUUUAUGGAGUUACAAGUGGUAGGCGCGGUAAAGGAAGUAUAUUCGUGUGGGCUUCGGGAAACGGUGGUCGCCAUACAGACUCCUGUAAUUGUGAUGGAUAUACAAAUAGUAUAUUUACUUUAUCAAUAUCGAGUGCGACACAAGGGGGAUUUAAACCUUGGUAUCUAGAAGAAUGUUCAUCGACUCUAGCCUCCACAUACAGCUCGGGUACUCCGGGUCAUGAUAAGAGUGUUGCUACUGUUGAUAUGGACGGCAGAUUAAGAUCAGAUCAUAUUUGUACAGUGGAACAUACAGGAACGUCCGCAUCUGCACCUUUAGCAGCCGGUAUUUGUGCCCUUGCGCUGGAAGCUAAUCCAAAUUUGACCUGGAGAGAUAUGCAGUAUUUAGUAGUGUUAACAUCACGUCCACAACCCCUCGAAAAAGAAACUGGGUGGAUUGUGAACGGUGUGAAGAGAAAAGUUAGUCACAAGUUUGGCUAUGGUUUAAUGGACGCAUCGGAAAUGGUGAAUUUGGCGGAACAAUGGGUAUCAGUACCACCGCAACAUAUAUGUAAAUCGCAGGAAAUUAAUGAGGACAAAGCUAUUGAAUCCUCAUUUGGUUAUACACUAAAAGUACAUAUGGAUGUUAAUGGUUGCAGUGGAACAGUUAAUGAAGUGAGAUAUCUAGAACAUGUCCAGUGCAAAAUAUCGUUGAGGUUUUUCCCUAGAGGUAAUCUCCGCAUACUUCUUACUUCGCCGAUGGGAACAACGUCCUCUUUAUUAUUUGAAAGACCUAGAGAUGUUAUCAGUUCCAACUUUGAUGAUUGGCCCUUCUUAAGUGUUCAUUUCUGGGGUGAGAGAGCCGAAGGUAGAUGGACUUUGCAGAUCGUUAAUGCUGGUAACAGGCAUGUUAACCAACCAGGCAUUCUCAAAAAAUGGCAGUUGAUAUUUUACGGCACAUCAACAGACCCUAUACGGUUAAGGUCGAAAAGACCUGCACAAGCAGCGCCAGCCUUUGCUUUUCCAACUGCCGCUGACGGUUACGAAGCUGCCGGGGAUUCUUUUUACAAUACUGACGCGUUUACAAAUUACCAGAACUUUCCUUCAUUAUUCGCCGCUGGGUCAAACCCCGAAAAGGCGAUAGCACGUCUCGACGGACACAAUGUCCCUUCACCGCAUGGGGAAAAUGUCCUCGCUGAUAGUAAUGAUAAGCGCGUCAUGCACGAUUGUGAUCCCGAAUGCGAUUCUCAAGGUUGCUAUGAAAAAGGACCCACACAAUGUAUAGCCUGUAAGCAUUACAGACUAGAUGAUGCCUGUGUAUCUCGAUGCCCUCCGAGAAGUUUUGCCAAUCAAGGUGGUGUUUGUUGGCCCUGUCAUGAAACAUGUGAAACAUGCGUGGGCCCAGGACAAGAUUCAUGUUUGACAUGUUCGCCAGCACAUUUAUUAGUGGCUGAUUUGGGUUUGUGUAUACAACAAUGUCCUGAUGGAUAUUGGGAAAAUAGCGAAGCGUCAGCUUGUCGGCCGUGUGCUGCACACUGUUCCACCUGCUCAGAGAGAGCUGAUGCAUGUACCUCAUGUGAACAUCAUUUAGUACUAUAUAACGGAACUUGUGCCACAUCCUGCCCACCUUCAACGUAUGAAACGGAAGACUAUAGCUGUGCUAAAUGUCAUGAAAGUUGCAACACUUGUCACGGACCUGGAGAGCAACAUUGUGUCACAUGUCCCGCUUCUAGUUAUGUGCUUGAUGGGCGUUGUCUGAGCACGUGUCCAAGUGGUUAUUACGCAGAUAAGAAAAGGAAAGAAUGCAUGAAAUGUCCCAUUGGUUGUGCAACUUGUUUGGCUUCUUUGUGCCAAUCUUGUAACUCAAAUUGGGAAUUGAACAGAAAAGGGAAAUGUGUGGCGGCUGGAAGUGACAGGUGUAAUGCUGGUGAAUUUUCGGAUGGUAGCCAAUGUCAGCUGUGUCACAAUGACUGCGAUUCGUGUUACGGUGAAACUGAAGGCAACUGUCUAACGUGUCCAUCACCCAACCUUUUACAGAAUCACAAAUGUGUACCAGAAUGUAGUCGUGGGUACUACUCUGAAGCCGGUCGCUGCACUCGUUGUAUCCACGGUUGCAGCGAGUGCGCAUCGAGACUAAACUGCACUUUCUGCACUGGGUCCCUCAGACUUCAGUCUGGUACUUGUAGAACAGCCUGUGCAGAAGGUUACUAUGCUGAUCGUGGAACAUGUUCUAAGUGCUACUUAUCGUGUGCUACUUGCAUUGGUCCACGUCGUGAUCAGUGCGCCUCGUGUCCCCGUGGCUGGAGGCUGGCGGCUGGUGAAUGUCACCCUGAAUGUCCACAGGGUUUCUAUAAGACCGCCGACGGUUGCCGUCACUGUCACCACUACUGCCGCGAGUGUGACGGCUCCGGGCCGUUACACUGCACGUCGUGUCCUCAACGCUUCAUGUUAGACGGCGGGCUGUGUAUGGAGUGUUUGAGCUCUCAAUACUAUGAAAGCAGCAGUGGAUUAUGUCGAUCGUGUCACGAAUCGUGUAGGACUUGCUCUGGACCCGGACAGUACAGCUGUACGGCGUGUUCGAGACCAUUGCGGUUGGAUAGGUUGAACAACCAAUGUGUUCAGUGUUGUUCGGAGCGAGCCAACAACGCUACCUCAGACUGUUGUCACUGUGAUUCUGACACAGGUGAGUGUAUUAACUCGUCGGGCGCUGUUCGUCGUAUCGCGGAGUGGGGCGCGCUACACACUGACGAGAACCACCCAGAACUGGCGACCACUGUGAUCGUGUUGUGUGCGGCGGCCGGGCUCGUGUUGGUAGCUGUGGCAGUCGUGUUGCAUAAGCGGUCACAGAAGCCGCAGGCACGAUCUAAAGGACUAACUUACGCGGCCUUAUCCUCCGAGGACGCGGAUGUGCUGGUGGUCGGGCGUAAUCGGUUGGUCGAGCACGUGCUCCAAGACGAGCACGCGCGGCCCGAGCACGUGCUCGGCUCUGACGAUCUAGAGCACGCGCCGCUAAUGAAACAUUCCACAUAGCACGCUGUGAUAGACGUAAGUGACCUUGAAUAGACAAUCCAUAGUCGUAAUUAGUUAGUUCGUUUUUUAAAAUGAGUUUUUGAAAAUUGUAUAAUAUAUAGAUAAGCUUGUUUUGUGUGUCAAUUUAAAAAAAAAUAAAACAAAUGUAUUUAUAUAAAAUGAUAACGGAAUUAACGAAUUUUAUCGGUCCUUUGAUAUCGCAUGAUAAUGUUUGUUGGAAGUUUUUUAAGUCUCGCAUAUGAUUGUGGACCAGCGGCUAAGUGUUAUAUAUUUGUAUGUACAGCUCAAGAAGAUUUUUUUUAUUGAUAAGUAAAUAAAAUCUAUUAUUGUUAUACCAACGAACGUAAACGAUGCAAAGACAAUCCUAAUCUGUAUCGGUAUGUUCUGUGGAAAUAUCACUUAAUAUCUCCUGAGCUGAUCGUUGGAUCACAAGCCACAGAAUAAUUCAAAGUUGGUAAAUGGAUGGAUGGCAACUAAAUGAGCAUGAACAAAAAGUUCUGCAUUAGAAACUGUCGUAUGUGAUAAAAGAAACCUUUGAACAUUAUUUGUUACCUCUAAGAAAUUUCCUCAAUAAAAAAGAAGUCUUUGUCCACUGGCCAUUUUUAUUUCGCUAAACAUCUGACAGAAAGUUUUAUCCGGUAAUAAAAUAUGUACGUGCAAUUAAUAAAAAACUAUUUAAGAAAAGUAAACUUAUGGGACUUUAAAAAAAAAGGAUUCAGAAAUUGAACUAAACAUUUUAAAGGUAACAAAUAAUCUAUAUAAAAUUUUCUAAGUACACUUGAAAAAGCCAUAGUCGACGCUAUUUUUGUACCGCCCUUAAGUCUCGAAUGUACGUAGAUUUGCUCUCUGAAUGACGUCACAAUCUUGUAAUAUAGCACUCACAAAUUAGUAAUAGAACAGAAAGUUACCAUAAUUGUACAAUGUGUUUUAUCAUUAUUCGUCUAUGAUAUGUAUAACAAGUGACAAUAUAAUAAAUAUUUAUAUGAUUUAUACGUAAAUUAUUUGUAAUAUAAACCUUUAUAUAUAGAAACAACUUAUUUGGUUUCGUUCGCAGCCAUUGUUAACAUCACAACUGUAGUAUGUGUGAAGAUUAUAUCAUAUGUUAUACAUUUUAUUGAAUAUUUAAUGUUUUUUUUCCUAUACGCAUAAAGUUCUGAACGCGCAUCACAUCAGUUGUCACUUUGGCCCCCACUUCGUCUUAAAAUGGGACUAAAUGAGUUUUUUCUUUAUAAAUUAAUUAUUAUUUUUCUAAUUUCCUUAUUUUUUUUAUUGACAUCUGAUUCGGUUCGUUCCGUGUAAUUUAGAAUGAUUUUAACAAAAUUUUUAAUAAUUUACUUGGUGUUUAUCUGUAUGCUAUUUUUUUUUAAUUUUUUUUGUGGAAAUAUUUUUAGUUGAAAUUGUAUUUUUGUAUGGAAUACUUAUGUGCAAUUAAUAUUUAUAAUAAAAUCAGUUCUAUGUCA